GAACCAAUUUGUUAUUGUAACCUAUAGAGGUAUACAUCAGUAGCUGAAGGUUGCUUUAUACUAACGCAACUUGAGCUGCGGGUCGCACACAUAUGGAGAUAUGGCGACUGGCGUCAACCUCACUCUUCAACAGUACAAUGACACCUACAACCGCCGAUACCUCCCUGCUACUGUGUACGUAUCGGUCAUGAUGGUCGUUGGCUUUGUGGGCAAUUCUGUUGUUUUUUACGUAUACCUAAAGAAGUUCAAGCCGAGCACAACUAGGUGUUUCAUUCUUGUGGUAGCCCUUCUGGAUAUUCUUAACGCCCUAAUGUGUUGUCCAGUACAGAUAUUUCAAAUGAGAAACUUUGUAACGUUUGGGAGAUCCGGGGCGUGUAGGUUCAUGAUAACGAGUGUGACUUAUUUCAGCACUGCGUCUGGCCAGGUUUUAAUCUUAGUGGCCGUUGACAGAUACAAGAAGGUGUGUCGACCCUUCCGAAAACAGAUGACGCAAUAUACAGCAAAACUGGCUUGUGGAAUACUUUGUGUUGUGUUGCUCGUGCUCAUGAUUCCGGCUCCACUGAUUUACGGGCCAAAACCCGUGACACGAUAUAAUGUGAAUAUUACCAUUUGUCGGCCCCUACGAGACAGAGAGGACUAUUAUAAGGCGUACACUGGCUUUUGGAUGAUCAUGUUAUUCGGAUUGGUUAUCUCCCUUGGUGUCCUGUAUUCCUGUAUCUGGUGCCGAGUAUAUCAACAGAUGAAGUACAGACAGACCUUGAAACCCUCAAGUCGUGUUGAAGGCAGUGCUGGUCCCUCAGAGCAUGGGAAGCAAAAUCAGUGCGCGUGUCAAGUCGAAGGAUGCCUAAAAUUGAAGUCGACUCAAGAUACAUAUCGAAGUCAAGAAACCCCAGCAUCCAGCCAUGAUUUAACCUCACACUCUGUUCCUUCACCUUCUCCUUCAGAGAGCGCACAAAUAACUGCAUCUUCGACUUCUGUUAUGGAAAUUAACUCAGCACUUAACUCAGACAGCACACACAGAUUCGGCCAUAAAGAUUCACCCAACACAAAUUCAUCGCUGCCAAUGUCUGCCGGAACCGGAGGUGACGUCAGAGUGACGCCACAAGAUCAAGCUGUCCGAAAGAUGACGUUGACGUUAUUUCUGGUAACGAUGGUGUACGUCCUUAGUUGCGUUCCCUAUUUCGUCGUGACAACUAUGAUGUCGAAAGACCCAGAUAACUACGAACUCCUGGCCAUGAAGUACACAUUUUUCUCGAUCUUUGAGAAGUCCUAUCACCUCCAGAUCGCUGCCAACCCCAUAAUCUACAGCUUUCUUAAUAAGCAGUUCCGCAGCGAACUCGGACUGAUUUGUAAAAGGUAAUGGUGACAAACUGCAUGUUAGUAUGCAGGAGAUAUGGCAUCCGGAACAGAUUUAGAACUUGAAACAAGGUGAUUGUUUUCACUCUUCUCUUUACUUACUUUACUCCACAUAUCUUACAAGAAUAUAACAGUUUCUUAUUAGAAUUGACUUGUCUUUAUGUAGUGUGUUAAGUUUUUAACAGCAUUUCGCUUUAAUGAAGAUGCUUGCUUGAUGUGAGUGAGUUAGUGGGUUAGUGAGUGAGUGAGUGAGUGAGUGAGAGAGUGAGCGAGCGCGCGCGUAUAGUUCCUUUUAGCAAUAUUCAAG